AUCGAUGAAAUUUUAUUACCAACUAAUUUCUUACCAAAGAAAUAAAUUUCUUUUCUUUUAGGGAAAUAAAUGUUUUUGAAUUUGCUAUGGUUACACGUGGACCACUCCACGUAGAUAUGUGAUAUCGACACUGAUUUUGACGUAGAAGUCAUAUGGAAGAGUUAUCAUUUACUAAGAUGCAAGAUGCCAAUUUGUGAUGAUUACUUAGCGUGACAUGUAUUAACAGAGCAUCUCUUCAAAAAUUAAUUUUUAACAAGAUGGAGUAUUUUAAAAGUAGUUUAAAAUCUGUUCUGGGUUCUACACCGUCUGGAAACCAGCCAUCGGGUGCUGAGACGGUGGAAAAGUUAGUGAACAGACUUUUAUCAUCUACUUUACUCGAUGAUAGAAGAGAUGCAUGUCGUGCUCUUAAAGCUUUAUCCCGCACUUAUCGUGUGGAGGUCGGUGCACAAGGAAUGGAUGCCUUAAGGCAAGUGUUAGAGAUGGAUAGAACCGAUUGUGAAAUUAUUGGUUUAGCAUUGGAUACUCUUUGUAAUAUAACAAAUCCUGAAACAUUUAGCGAGGAAGGUGAGAUAAAAUACAAUCUUACUAUGAUAAAUUGUUAUAAUAUUAUAAAUUCUAUAUUUACUUUUUUAGUUGAUAAACAUGGACCAAAAAAUAAAAUAGGUGAACAGUUCACUGAAAUAUUCAUUAAACAGCCAGAUAGUGUUGGAUUGGUUCUAAUAUUUUUAGAAGAAUUUGACUUUAGAGUUAGAUGGCCAGCAUUAAAACUACUUACACAUUUAUUAGCUAAUAGGCCAAAAGAAAUUCAAGAAAUCAUUUUGAUUAGUCCAAUGGGAGUUUCAAAGUUAAUGGAUCUUCUUUGUGACAGUAGAGAAGUUAUAAGAAAUGAUGUAUUGUUGUUACUGAUACAAUUAACAAAAGGCAAUGCGAACAUUCAAAAAAUUGUAGCUUUCGAAAAUGCAUUUGAUCGUAUUUUUGAUGUUAUUAUGCAAGAAGGUGGAGCUGAAGGUGGUAUAGUUGUGGAAGAUUGCUUAUUACUGAUGUUAAAUCUUCUUAGAGGAAACAUAAGCAAUCAGACUUUUUUCAAAGAAGGUAGUUACAUUCAGAGAUUAACACCCAUGUUUCAAAUGCAAACAGAAAUAGAUGAUAAUCUGAUAGGUUGGAGUCCACAAAAAGUAUCCAAUGUUCAUUGCAUGAUACAGGUUAUUCGUGCUUUGGUAGCACCUAGUUGUCCUGCUCAGGCAUUAGCUGCUUGUCAAAAAAAUAUGAAAGCUUGUGGUUUAUUACAAGCUUUAUGCAAUAUAUUAAUGGCUAGUGGAAUACCAGCUGAUGUGUUAACAGAAAUGAUAAAUGCUGUAGCAGAAGUUAUUAGGGGAAAUGCUAUUAAUCAAGAAUAUUUAUCAAGCGUUAUGGCACCUAGUGCACCUCCAAGACCUGCAAUUGUUGUUUUAUUAAUGUCUAUGGUAAAUGAGAAACAACCAUUUCUUCUAAGGUGCUCUGUAUUAUAUUGCUUCCAAUGUUUCCUUUAUAAAAAUGAAAUAGGACAAACUCAACUAAUUCAAACUUUAUUACCUCAAGGCAAUGAAGCACCAUCUUUAACAACAGGACAGUUGCUGUGUGGAGGAUUAUUUUCUCCAGAUCCACUUUCAAAUUGGUUCUCUGCAGUGGCAUUAUCUCAUGCACUAAUUAAUAAUAAUGUUCAAAAGGAAGAACUCUUGAGAGUUCUUCUUGCUACUAAUAUCGGCAAACCACCAGUUACUUUGAUGCAACAGUGCAUUUUGCUUUUGCAACAAGAAAACAAAACUCAGUCUAAAUUAGGCCUAGUAAUGCUGCUCUGCAGGUGGACUGCUCAUUGUCCUGUUGCAGUGAAGGCCUUCUUAAAUAUUGAUUCUUCCGUUACAUAUUUAACGACUCUUUUAUCAUCGCAAGAAAAUAAUGAUGAUUUACAGGAAACUUUAUUCCAAAACAUGUGUGCCCUUUUAAUCGGUUUGUGUGUACAUUUUAAUGAAAACAAUGUACAAGCAUAUACAAAGGAAAAAUUAUGUAAUUUAAUAGAAAAUAGAAUUGGCCUAGAAAGAUUUCAAGAUAUUAUUGGUGGUAUAUCGAGACACGAGGUUUAUUCUCGAGCAUUGAAACAUCCUCAGCCUGCAGCAAAAAAUCCAUCGGAACUUUUACUAGAUUAUGAAUUUUGUAGAUUAAUAAAAACUCUAGAAGGGACGGUGAUAAAAUCAGUAUCAGAUAUGAGUAGUAUACAACAAAAAAAUCAAAUGACAGUAUUAGCACCAGCUGAUUGUACUUUAGUUACACAGUAUAAAGAUCUCAUUAGAGAACAAGAUAUACAAGUACAAAAAUUAAAUCAAACCGUGGAUACGCUCAUGAAAGAAAAACAAGAAUUAGAAUCCAAUGUACACGAACUUAGAACUACUGUCAGUUAUUUAAAAGAUCAAAACUUGGUUCUCCGUGCUACACAAACAAAUUUAUGUGAUGGAAAACAAGCUGUACCCUGUGCAAAUAAUUCGUGUUCUUCGAAAAAAGAACUUGAUAGAUGCAAAGAAAUAGUGACAGAGUUGGAAACAAGUUUAGCUAAGCAUGUUCUAAUGAUAGAAGAAUAUAAACAAAAGGAUACAAAUAGAAAAGAAUCUAUUCUUGAGGACAAGUUAAAAGAAAAGAUAGAAGAACUUGAAAAAUUAAAAAAAGAUCAGGAAGAUCUUCUAGAACUCUUAACAGAUCAAGACAGUAAAAUCUCAAUGUACAAAGAGAAACUUAUUGCUUUGGGAGAGAAGGUGGAAUCAGAUGAAAGUUCUGCAGAUCUUGAUACCGAUGACUUACCAGAAUCAAGUAAUUAAAGUAUUAUAAUUAUGAAAACAAAUAUUUGGUAAGAUUGUUAAUAAGAUUAUGAUUAAACUGUAUGUUAUCUAAA